CUAUCAUGUCUCUUACGCGGCGCGGAGUUCAUUACCUUACUAGAGCGUUAUCGUCUCCAGUUCGCGUCAAUUGCUUGAAAACCAUCUAUCGUGCAAAGUCAAUUCAUUUGCCUGCUACAAGAUGUUACUCACUUAGACUUGGAGACAGGAAACUGUCUGAUGCAACACAUUUGUCUCUGAGAGUUCGAUGCAUGUGUUCUGCUGCUGGUGAUGGUGGUGAUGGCGACGGUGGUGGUGGCGGUGGUGAGGAGGGCAGCGAAAGGGAAGCUGCCGAAGAGAAGGAGUCUGAAGAAACGCCUGCUGGAGAGCCAGGAUUUGCUCUGUCUACUGUAGAUGUGCCAGAGAUGUUCCCGAAUGUGCCAGUUAUCGCAAUAAAUAGACAUCCAGUGUUUCCACGUUUCAUGAAAAUGAUUGAGAUAACUGAUGUGAACUUGAUGGAGCUGAUAAAGAGGAAGGCCAAACUUGGUCAACCUUGGGUUGGAGUAUUCCUGAAGAACGAUGACAGUCACGAGAGUGAUGUUGUCAGUGACAUCUCAGACAUUCAUCCAGUUGGGAUAUUUGCUCAUAUGUCAGAAAUGCAUGACAUGAAUGAUAGAAUGAGGCUACUACUCAUGGGACACAGAAGAAUAAGAAUUACCUCUAGAUAUGAAGUGGAUGAAGAGGUUUCAGAGAGUCACGAGAGUCAAACUGUAGAGUGGGCAUCAAAAGAGUCGCAUCCUUUACCCGAAGAUAAAGCUCCUCGACCUCUUCUUAUGGUCACCACAGAAAAUGUAACCGUCAAAUCAUUUGAGAGAACAGAAGAAAUUAAGGCAUUGUCAGCAGAAAUUAUUAAGACAAUUCGGGACAUCGUUGCUCUGAACCCCCUUUUUAGAGAGGCUUUGUCAAAUCUUAUGGAGUCGGGUAGAAAAGUAGUGGACCAUCCGGCUCAUCUUGCAGAUUUCGGUGCGGCUUUGACAAGCGCGGAAUCAUUACAGCUACAAGAAGUGUUGGAAGAAGUUGAUGUUUCCAAGCGACUGCUAUUGACUUUAGAGUUACUAAAGAAAGAGUUAGCCAUAGUGACACUUCAGCAGCAACUAGGGAAAGAAGUGGAAGAGAAAGUGAACAAGAUGCAGAGGAAAUAUCUCUUACAAGAGCAGUUGAAAAUAAUCAAGAGAGAACUUGGUCUGGAGAAAGAUGACAAAGAUGCAGUUGCAGAAAAGUUUCGGGAGAGAAUCAAGGAUCGUGUCAUACCCGAGGCUGUGGAAACUGUAAUAGAAGAAGAGCUUAGCAAGUUGUCAUACCUAGACAAUCAUUCUUCUGAAUUCAGUGUGACAAGGAACUAUCUUGACUGGCUAACCAGCAUUCCUUGGGGCAUUCACAGCGAAGAGAAUGACGAGAUACAGAGAGCAAGAGAAAUAUUGGACGAGGAUCAUUAUGGAUUACAGGAUAUAAAAGAGAGAAUAUUAGAAUUUAUUGCUGUUAGUCAAUUGAAUAAAUCUGUUCAAGGGAAGAUUCUGUGUUUUGUAGGGCCACCAGGUGUAGGAAAAACAAGUAUUGCUCGUUCUAUUGCUCGAGCACUGAACAGAGAGUACUUUCGGUUUAGUGUUGGAGGGAUGACUGACGUUGCCGAAAUCAAGGGCCACAGGAGAACAUACAUUGGUGCUAUGCCUGGAAAAGCAAUCCAGUGCUUGAAGAAAACUCAGACAUCAAACCCUCUCGUUGUUAUUGAUGAGGUUGAUAAAAUUGGUCGUGGAUACCAAGGGGAUCCUUCGUCAGCAUUGCUGGAACUCUUAGAUCCUGAACAGAAUUCAGGAUUUCUUGAUCAUUAUCUUGAUGUGCCUGUCGACCUCUCAAAGGUCUUGUUUAUCUGUACGGGCAAUGUAACGGAUACUAUUCCUGUACCACUUCAAGAUCGAAUGGAAAUUAUUCAAGUGUCUGGUUAUGUGGAGGAUGAAAAGAAGGCUAUUGCAGAGCAAUACCUUAUUCCAGUUGCUCGUACAGCAUCAGGAGUUAAAGAGAGUGACAUUGGUAUUAGUGAUGAAGCACUUGGGUUAUUGAUCAAACAAUAUUGUCGAGAGAGUGGAGUAAGAAAUCUUCAAAAACACGUAGAAAAGAUUUUUCGCAAAGCUGCACUGCAAAUUGUAGAGAAAACGAACGAGACGAUUGCUGUCGGUUCGGACAACCUUCACAACUAUGUUGGCAAUCCUGUCUUUCUUAGUGACAGAAUGUAUGACACUACACCACCCGGAGUGGUGAUGGGACUCGCAUGGACGGCAAUGGGUGGCUCUACAUUGUACAUCGAAACGGCUUUGAGACGUCCAAUUGAAGUUGAAAAGUCUGAGCCGUCGGUAGAAACAACUGGACAGCUGGGUGCAGUAAUGCAAGAAAGUGCUAGGAUUGCUUACACAUUUGCCAAGAGUUUUCUUGCCAAACGUGAACCUGACAACAAGUUUUUCGACAAGGCAGCAGUCCAUAUUCAUGUUCCAGCGGGUGCUACGCCCAAAGAUGGACCUUCAGCUGGCUGCACAAUCGUCUCAGCUCUUCUAUCUCUAGCCACGAACAAGCCAGCGAGACAGAACGUUGCCAUGACGGGGGAACUCUCUCUAACAGGGAAAGUGUUGCCUGUUGGAGGAAUCAAAGAGAAGACUAUCGCAGCCAAGAGAGACGGCGUUCGUUGCGUGGUGCUACCGGAAGGAAACCGGAGAGAUUACGAAGACCUACCGGAAUUUAUCCGAGAAGGUGUAGAGGUCCAUUUUGCGGAAAAUUACGAGGAUUUGUACGCCAUAGUAUUUCCAAAACAAUGAAGAUUUAAAUAUUAUGCGACCUACAGCACGACCAUUAAAAUUAAUAAAUUAACUCAAAAUUUCAAAAAUGUAAAAUGGAGGUCUAUUGAGGCGUAUAGGAAAU